AUGGACAAGGUUACGAAUGUUCGUAACAUGUCGGUCAUUGCCCACGUCGAUCACGGUAAGUCUACCCUUUCCGACUCCUUGGUUCAAAAGGCGGGUAUCAUCUCUGCCGCUAAGGCCGGUGAAGCCAGAUACAUGGACACCAGAAAGGAUGAAAUGGAAAGAGGUAUUACCAUCAAGUCGACCGCCAUCUCGUUGUACUCGUCGAUGGACGACGAUGACGUCAAGGAAAUCAAGCAAAAGACCGACGGUAACUCGUUCUUGAUUAACUUGAUUGACUCGCCCGGUCACGUUGACUUCUCGUCGGAAGUUACUGCUGCUUUGAGAGUCACCGAUGGUGCUUUGGUCGUCGUCGACUGUGUUGAAGGUGUGUGUGUGCAAACCGAAACCGUGUUGAGACAAGCUUUGGGUGAAAGAAUUAAGCCCGUCGUGGUCAUUAACAAGGUCGACAGAGCCUUGUUGGAAUUGCAAGUCACCAAGGAAGACUUGUACCAAUCGUUCUCGAGAACUGUUGAAUCGGUGAACGUCAUCAUCUCCACCUACUCGGACAAGGCCUUGGGUGACGUCCAAGUGUUCCCUGAAAGAGGUACCGUUGCUUUCGGUUCCGGUUUGCACGGUUGGGCUUUCACCGUCAGACAAUUCGCCACCAGAUACUCGAAGAAGUUCGGUGUCGACAGACAAAAGAUGAUGGAAAGAUUGUGGGGUGACUCGUACUUCAACCCUAAGACCAAGAAGUGGACCAACAAGGACAAGGACGCCGAUGGCAAGCCUUUGGAAAGAGCCUUCAACAUGUUCGUGUUGGACCCCAUCUUCCGUUUGUUCGCCGCCAUCAUGAACUUCAAGAAGGAUGAAAUCCCCACCUUGUUGGAAAAGUUGGAAAUCAACUUGAAGUCGGAAGAAAAGGAAUUGGAAGGCAAGGCCUUGUUGAAGGUCGUCAUGAGAAAGUUCUUGCCUUGUGCUGACGCUCUCUUGGAAAUGAUUGUCAUCCACUUGCCCUCGCCCGUUACCGCUCAAGCCUACAGAGCCGAAACCAUGUACGAAGGUCCCGCUGACGACCCCUUCUGCACUGCCAUGAAGAACUGUGACCCCAAGGGUGACCUUAUGUUGUACGUCUCGAAGAUGGUGCCCACUUCGGACAAGGGUAGAUUCUACGCUUUCGGUCGUGUGUUCGCUGGUACCGUUAAGUCGGGUAUGAAGGUUAGAAUCCAAGGUCCUAACUACGAACCCGGUAAGAAGGACGACUUGUUCUUGAAGUCGAUCCAAAGAACCGUGUUGAUGAUGGGUAGAUUCGUCGAACAAAUUGACGACUGUCCCGCCGGUAACAUUGUCGGUUUGGUCGGUAUUGACCAGUUCUUGCUUAAGUCUGGUACCAUCACCACCAACGAAGCCGCUUACAACAUGAAGGUCAUGAAGUUCUCGGUGUCGCCCGUCGUGCAAGUCGCCGUCGAAGUCAAGAACGCUAAUGACUUGCCCAAGUUGGUCGAAGGUUUGAAGAGAUUGUCUAAGUCUGACCCUUGUGUCUUGACUUACAUGUCGGAAACCGGUCAACACAUUGUUGCCUGCACUGGUGAAUUGCACUUGGAAAUUUGCUUGCAAGAUUUGGAAAACGACCACGCCGGUAUCCCCUUGAAGGUCUCGCCCCCUGUUGUCUCGUACAGAGAAACCGUCGAAGGCGAAUCCUCGAUGACCGCUUUGUCGAAGUCGCCCAACAAGCACAACCGUAUCUACGUCAAGGCUCAACCUUUGGGCGAAGAAUUGUCGCAAGACAUCGAAUCGGGUGUUGUUGACCCCAAGGCUGAUUUCAAGGUCAGAGCUAGAGUCAUCGCUGACAAGCACGACUGGGAUGUCACUGACGCCAGAAAGAUCUGGUGUUUCGGUCCCGACGGUACUGGUCCCAACGUUGUUGUUGACCAAACCAAGGCCGUUCAAUACUUGAACGAAAUUAAGGACUCGGUUGUGUCUGGUUUCCAAUGGGCUUCCAAGGAAGGUCCCAUCUUGUCGGAACACUUGAGAUCGGUGAGAAUUAACAUCUUGGAUGUUACCUUGCACGCUGACUCGAUCCACAGAGGUGCUGGUCAAAUCAUGCCUACCAUGAGAAGAGUUACUUUCGCUUCGAUGUUGUUGGCCGAACCCGCCAUCCAAGAACCCAUCUUCUUGGUUGAAAUCCAAUGUCCCGAAAACGCCAUUGGUGGUAUCUACUCGGUCUUGAACAAGAAGAGAGGUCAAGUCAUCUCGGAAGAACAAAGACCCGGUACUCCCUUGUUCACUGUCAAGGCCUACUUGCCUGUCAACGAAUCGUUCGGUUUCACCACUGAACUUAGACAGGCCACUGGUGGUCAAGCCUUCCCCCAAUUGGUCUUCGACCACUGGGCUGUCUUGAACGGUAACGUUACCGACCCCAACUCCAAGCCUGGUGCCGUCGUUGCCGACGCCAGAAAGAGAAAGGGUUUGAAGGAAGGUGUGCCCGACUACACCGAAUACUACGACAAGUUGUAA